UGGCUGGCGGAUGAUUUUUCUUGCUUUCACGAAAAGAUGGUUUAGUUUGUAGUUUUCACGGUAAGAACAUAAGAAUAUUUCACUGUAUGUCAUGGAACAAGUAUAAGAGCUGUCGAGAGGCUUCAGUUCUCUUCUGAAAAUUUACUCUCGCAUAGAUGUCGGACACUGGAGAGGAAUGGCAGGUGGCCCGCCAGGACCGGAGAAGAAAAGGUGCAGCGAGGAGAACAAAGUCCUCACAGAUGUCUACAACUUGCAGUGAAGAGGAGCUGAAUGUUGGCAAAACAGUUAUGCGAGUCAGAGAGACAGUGUCCGAAUUGAGAUGUGAGGAUUUUUGGUAUGAGUGGAAAGGUUUGUUGUCUUCAGAGCAGUUGGCGGUGCCAGGAUCAGUCAACCCCCCAGUGAACACGAAAGAUAAUGAAGUCUGCACUGACUGGCUGGAGAAGGGGAAGGAUGGGAGAGUGUGUUUCCUGAUGGAGUGUGUGUGUUACGGUCUGGGCUCAUUUUCAUCCUGUGCCUCAGCUCGAUACCAGCUGGCCAUGUUACUGCUACUGCUGGAAGUGGGAAAGAUCCCACUGAAGAGCUGCUUUGUUUAUGACCCUGUGUUCUCAGCUGGAGAGAGAAACGUAUUGAGAGAGUUGGGACUAACUGUACUCACCCAGAAUGAGGAAGGGAAGUGGCUGGCGGCUAAGCCCACGCUGUUUUACCUGAUGCACUGUGGGAAAGCUCUGUACAACAACCUGCUGUGGAAAAACUGGAGUACUGAAGCUUUACCUCGGUUGACGAUCAUUGGAAACAGCUUCUGUGGCAUGAAAGAAAGGAUGAUCGAGAGAGAAUUCAAGCGUGACUACAACUACAUUAGUCAAGCUGUGACAGUGUGCGAGGAGAGACGGCUGCCUUAUCCAUGCCGUCUGCUGGACGUCUUCAGUGACACAGCAGUCAUAACCUUUCCUUCCAGAAGCCUCUGCAGACUCCCACAGUCCACCUGGGCAAUGCCACCUGAGCCACAGUACCAACAUUGUUCCGAUUUAGAGAUUAUUUUGAGAGAAACACAGACCUGAAAAGGAGGUGGGUGGGAACUGAAGUAGUAUUUUAUAGUUCCUGUCCAUCUUCUUGUAUUCCAUAUCCUAUGGACUUAUUUUUUAAUGCUGAUUCCAAGUAAACCGUUAAAUUAAUAAACACUGUUUCAAACUCAGGA